AUGAUCGAUGUAAUAAAUGUUUUUAAUAAAGGAGGAAUUGUAUUGUGGUCAUAUAAUUUUUAUGAAAUUGAAGAAAAUAUUAUAAGGACAAUUAUAAAAACAGGUCUAAUAGAAGAUCGUUAUGAAGAGUUUAGUAAUAAAUAUAAUAAAUAUUGUUCAAAAUGGAAAUUUAUUAACGAUUUAGACAUAGUAAUAUUGAUUGUAUAUCAAGGAAUUCAAAAUUCUGUAUAUCUUGAUAAUUUAUUUAACAAAAUUAAAAAACAAUUUAUUAAAUUAAUUCCCAAAAAUUUUAAUUUUUUUGAACAUAAUUUACCUAUCAAUUUUGAUAAACAAUUUUUAAAAAUAUUAGAAGAAUCUGAUAAAGCAAUGGAAAGAUCAAGUCCUGAUUCUGGAAACAAAAAUUGUUCCAAUAAUAACACAAAUGGAGAAAAUGGUAAAAACGGAGAAAAUGGUAAAAACGGAGAAACAAAAAAAAAUGCAAGAGAAUGGGAAUUAAAUAAAAAAAUAACAAAAAAAGAUAUUGAAAAAUUAGAUUAUUCAUCAAAAAAUGAAAAUAAAAAUAAUUCAAAUGAAAUUGUUAAAUAUGAAGGAGAAUUUGAUGAUUCAAGUGAUUCUUCUACAAAUGAAAAUAAAAAUGGUAUCAUGAGUCAAUUAAAUGAUUCUAUUCUUAAAAUAUUCUCAUCUACCAAUACUAUUGAAGAAGGUGAUAUAGAAAAAAUUUUACAGGAUAUUAAAACUAAAUUACUUUCAAAAAAUGUAGCCUCGGAAAUAUGUGAUAUCUUAAUAGAAACAAUGAAAGAAAAAUUAAUAGGGAAAAAAAAAACAAUGUUUUCUUUAAAUGUUAAAAAAACAGUUUCUACCAUCUUUUCAGAUACUCUUCAAUCUAUUUUAAUACCUAAAGAUUCAGUAGAUGUGCUUAGAUCAGCUUUAGAAGCAAAAUCUUUAGGAAAAUUAUAUUCUAUUUGCUUUUUAGGAGUAAAUGGUGUUGGCAAAUCUACAAAUUUAGCUAAAGUUUGUUAUUAUUUAAAAACAAAAGGAAAUCUUAAAAUUAUGAUUGCAGCUUGUGAUACAUUUAGAGCAGGUGCAAUUGAACAAUUAAGAAUACAUGCAAAAUGUUUAGAUGUCUAUCUUUUUGAAAAAGGAUAUGGAAAAAAUGCAGCUGGUAUUGCUAAAGAUGCUAUUUCUUAUGCAAAAAAAGAAAAAUAUGAUGUAAUUUUAAUAGAUACAGCUGGUAGAAUGCAAGAUAAUGAACCAUUAAUGAGAUCUUUAGGAAAAUUAAUUUUAAUAAAUAAUCCAGAUUUAAUACUUUUUGUUGGAGAGGCAUUAGUAGGAAACGAUGCUAUUGAUCAACUUAAAAAAUUUAAUCAAACAUUAAUAGAUGCUACAUGUGAUACACAUAAAAGAACCAUAGAUGGCAUAGUUCUCACAAAAUUUGAUACUGUUGAUGAUAAAGUAGGUACAGCACUUUCUAUGGUUUAUCUUACUGGCAAACCCAUUGUUUUUGUUGGAGUUGGACAAAAAUAUACUCAUUUGAAAAAGUUUAAUGUCAAUAUGGUUGUUAAGGCACUGAGUUAG